CACCAUAGUGAUACCCAAGAGGGUGCUGUUGAGGCUACUGAAGACUAUUGCAAAACAGUGUUUCAGUUAUUUAGUGACGUGAAUAUAUUUAAUAUAUUAUCCCAAAAAUCUAACUUUAUCAUGUUUCACUAUUUUAAUUUGGUCCUUCCCUUCCUCCACUGCUAUAUAAUCACUUGUGUGUUUCACAAUACAAUCUCAACUAGUGUGUGUGUGAGAGAGAGAAAGAGAUAACACGGAGAGGGUUUCUGCACUCGAACAUGAUCAAUUUGCCCGGCAAAAUACGUCAUGUUCGCUUUGCCCCUCAACAUGCCUGCCUGUCGUAGCGGCAGCCUACAGAGAACCGGGAUGAUAGAUGAACCGCAGUUUAUAUGUUGAUAUCUGUUGGAUGCUGCUGCAGCAGCGACGGCCUUCCGUGUUUAGUCCAUGCGGAAGAGUGCUUUCUAAACGGCUAAUAGAGGAUUUCGACCUGGAUAAAAUAGAUUAGGAAGCGGACUCACUCAGAAACAGCUCCAUCAACCCAUACCAUCGAAUGUGUUGAUCACAGGGCGGCCCAGUUGUCCUAAAUCGAAGCCGGGGGCUAGAUUUGGAACGUCGCAGGAACAUGGAGGAACUAUGAGGGGAGGAGGAGAAGGAGAAAGGGAGAACAGACUCUCUGCUGGAGGCCAGGUUCUGAUAUCAUCCAGUUGGGACCACAGCAGAACACAGUGACUCGUCAGAUGUUGAAGCGAUGGCCGUGUGGACUGAGCUAUAGCGCUGCAAGAUUCAUACACAUAGAUGCCCCCCUCCUAACCCCCCGAGCCCCCUACAGCCUCCCCACCCUCCCUCUGUCUCUCCUCCAUCUCUCCUUCCUCUGUCAUCCCUCUACCCCCUCUGAUCCCAGCCACUUUCUGAUCUAAUUGUCUCUCACUGUCUUCUUCUCUCCUUUUCUCUGCAUCUCUCUUUUUCUCUCCAUCACCCCCCCCUCUCUCUCCCUCCCUCCAUCAUGGCGUGUUGUGGUCGCUCUCUUGACUCCCCCUGUACCCUGGCCCUAUUGGUGGGCUUCCAGUUUGCCUUUGUGGUCUACUUCUCCCUGGGGGGCUUCAGGGGGCUGGUGUCCGUACUGGUCCACUCUGAGCAGCCUGAGUUUGAUUACUCCCGCCCCCACGACGUGUACACCAACCUCAGCCACCUGGGGGUGCCACCAGCCCCCCACAUAGGCACGGGACCACCAGGGACAGGGGCUCAGCUGAAGGACUGCAAGAUGCCCUCACCACUACUGGUCGGUCCUGUGUCUGUGCGUCUGUCCUCGCCUCUCUCUCUGGAGGAGAUCAGGGAGAGGAACCCGUUGGUGUUACCGGGAGGCCGGUACAGCCCCCCAGACUGCCAGCCGCGCCACCACACGGCCAUCGUGGUGCCGUACCGUAACCGCCAGACUCACCUCCGAGCCCUACUCUACCACCUCCACCCCUUCCUACAGAGACAACAGAUUCACUACAGUAUCUACAUAGUCCAGCAGUGGGGUAACUCUACAUUUAACCGGGCUAAGCUGUUGAAUGUUGGGGUCCGUGAGGCGCUGAGAGACGAGGACUGGGGGUGUAUCUUCCUACACGAUGUAGAUCUGCUGCCUGAAAAUGACCAUAACACCUACACCUGUCACAAUCAGUUCCCCACACACCUCUCUGUUGCCAUGGACAAGUUCAGAUACAGGUUGCCGUACCCCCAGUAUUUCGGAGGGGUAUCUGCGGUCACACCUGAGCAGUACAUGAAGAUGAACGGAUUCCCCAACAGCUAUUGGGGCUGGGGUGGGGAGGACGAUGACAUCGCUGCCAGAGUGCGUCUGUCUGGGAUGAAGAUAGUGCGCCCUCCAGUGGCCAUCGGACAUUACAAGAUGAUCAAGCAUAAAGGAGACAGGGGCAAUGAACAGAAUCCACGCAGGUUUGACCUUCUGAAACGGACCAGGCUCAACUGGCAUUCUGAUGGUCUGAACUCUCUGACCUACGAACUGUUAUCCAAAGAGCUGCAGCCUCUCUACACCAACCUGACGGUCGACAUCGGGGACGACCCUCGUCUGCCCCAGAGAAAGGCCACGCCUCCUAUGCCCAAACGUGAGGUGAAGGGGGAUCAAUUACCUCCCCUUGUGCCAUGGAGCAAACAUGGAUCAAAGAGGAGGGGAGACACACCCCUUGCAGCCAAACAUGACAUAAAGGGGGAGGGGCAAGCCGUUAAAGUGGGUGUGGUUACAGCUGUGACUACGGCUAAACCUAAAGCUGACAAGGUAGACCACGCCCAGUCAAAGACAGUGCAUCAGACUGUAGAUGAGAGGGCGAGUGUGGUAAAGUAGGAAGAAGGGCUGGAGAUAUGGGGUGCAUCUCAUUGGUCUAAAGCUGCCCCCUCCUCUUCUCUCCUGCAUCUGAAAACACAGGAUGGGUGUUAGCAAUGUGGAGGAUGUUACUGUCCUGUCCAGUUCUACCACAUCAAUGCAGAUGAAGGAAAGGACAUGAUGAGAGGAAGCCAGAGAUGCACUGAGAUGUACACUAAAAUGACACACCUUCUGUUCCUGUAUUAUCAUAGGGUCCCCUAUGAGGGGACCAGUAAAGCUAGCUAUGUCCGUGAAACUGUAGAUUUUGUGAAGCAUAGGGCUUAGGCUACAGCCAACUCAAAACCCUUCUGAAUGUGACUCACCUCCAGCGACAGUCAAGGUAUUCAAACAAACUCUCCACCCUUCCUCUCUCAGAAGACUACACCACCGUUAUUACCAGUUGGUUUCAUUGGUUCUUAAACCUCUCUUCGGGGAUCCCCAGACGUUUCACCGUUUUGUUGUAGCCCUGAGUUAGCUCACCUGAUUCCAGUAGUCAAUGGCUUGAUGAGCUACUGAAUCAGGUGUGCUAGCUCUGGAAUAGUUCAAAUAUAUGGGGGUCCCUGAGGAGAGGUUUGAGAACCACUUGAACCAGACAACUGGUAUGUGAAGGGUGUUGUAGUCUUCUGAGAGAGGAUGGGUGGAGUGGUUUGAGAAUCACUUGAACCAGACAACUGGUAUGUGAAGGGUGUUGUAGUCUUCUGAGAGCGGAAGGGUGGAGUGGUUUUAGAAACACUGGUCUGAUGGACAGGUAACGUUAUGUGGUGAACAUUCAUUCUGAAGAGAGAUUGUGACAUCAGCAUUUAAUCAAACCCAAUUGAAACUCUGGAGUUCCUUUUUUCAGCCAAUGGGAUGCCAGAUCUUGCGAGCAACCAAUCCGCUGCCAACCCACUGCUGCUCUCAGCCAAUCAUCUCCUAGUUGACUUCUGGCUUCAGCCUAUCCGCUCCCAGAAACUGCUGCUGUUGGUCCGCCCUAUUGUGUGGGUCAGUGUUUCUGUGCCUUCUCUCUUCUAUUGAUCUUUUAUGGAGUGGGACAAAGUUGUCCCUAGAUGCUGAUCUGGGGUCAGUUUUCUGUUGUCCCUGUUAUGGUUAAGUGUAUAUAUAUUGGGUCAGGGUAAACUGAUGCUAAGUCUGUAUCUACAGGCAACUUCUUCUCCGAGCACCAUUUUAUAUCCGUUUGCCCGAUCAGUGCUUUCACACUCCAGACGUAUCAGAUUGACUGUAGGAUUUAUAUUUAUAUAGAGAUGUUUGUUUACUUUGAGUCAGGUGCCUCUUGAUUGUGUAUUUGGGUUUAGAGACAAUCUAAUCUAAGGGUAAAAACGUUAACUGUGUUACUAAUCGCUUCACAUAGAGAAAGACAUCUCUACGUAAAGGGAAGUUAAGUAUUCUAUGCCUCAAAUACCAUAGACUUGGUUCUAUAGUUUAUCUAGUUUGAAUAUACUGUCUUUAAGUGAGUGAACUUAUGUCCAUCCAGUACAGAAUCCCUCAUAGCCAUCCAUGUUGAUUUCAUAUCAGCCAUCCAUGUUGAUUUCAUAUCAGCCAUCCAUGUUGAUUUCAUAUCAGCCAUCCAUGUUGAUUUCAUAUCAGCCAUCCAUGUUGAUUUCAUAUCAGCCAUCCAUGUUGAUUUCAUAUCAGCCAUCCAUGUUGAUUUCAUAUCAGCCAUCCAUGUUGAUUUCAUAUCAGCCAUCCAUGUUGAUUUCAUAUCAGCCAUCCAUGUUGAUUUCAUAUCAGCCAUCCAUUUUGAUUUCAUAUCAGCCAUCCAUGUUGAUUUCAUAUCAGCCAUCCAUGUUGAUUUCAUAUCAGCCAUCCAUGUUGAUUUCAUAUCAGCCAUCCAUGUUGAUUUCAUAUCAGCCAUCCAUGUUGAUUUCAUAUCAGCCAUCCAUGUUGAUUUCAUAUCAGCCAUCCAUGUUGAUUUCAUAUCAGCCAUCUGGAAUGUACUGUACAUACUUUAUCAUACUAGUUUACUGUAAUCCAAAAACGAUAAGAUAUGUUUCAGUGAGGGGAGGUUCUGGAGCCAGUUUGUAGGAGGAGCUAUAAGGUAACUACCUAUACUGUAUGUCCUGCUGCGCUGUGAUUGGCUAAAGGAGUGUGUCAGGGGGGCUCUGUAGAUUCUCCUGUAUAGGACAUAGGGUUUCAUUAGAGAGAUGCUCAUUUCAAGCUUUUAUGCUGUUCAUGAGUUGAUAGAAUAGUUUUUUUAUAUUCAGAUCCACGUUAGCUGUUGAAGAAUCAGCAACCAUUCUUCUUGGGGUCCACACAAAACAUAGAACAUGACCAAAUACAGGUUACUAAUGGACAAGAACAGCAACAAUAUCAACAAUACGAGUAUUUUAGAAAGAGAAAAUAAAUGAAUAAUCCUAAUCUUAAAAAUUCAAGAAUAAUGUGUGUUUUGAAAGUUGUUGUUUUUUCAUGAUUUAUUUCACUAAACUUACUGUGUUACUGAUGCUAAUUUGAAUGUAUUUUAUUUAUUAAACUACUGUUAGGAUUUGGGUUUUCCCCGUUAAGCUUACUUACAGCAGUGAGUAUUUACUCAUUCCAUAGCAUCAACAAUGCCUCAUAUCAGAAUGUAGACCAGCCUUUUAGCGUGAAAGAAAGGGUGGUUCAUAUUAUCCAUGUAGUUGUCAUGGUUACUAGCACUGUGCUGAACUUAUAUGACGGACUCAAAGUUCCAAAACUUGCAGAUACUGUAGAAAUUAGAUUUAGAAUGGAAACAAUUGAAUCUUUAUCAGGUAGAACAGCUGAUUUGAUAUAUUCUAUAUUUCUAUUUCUGUCUUCUACAUUCUAAACAUUCUGCCUCAAUAAGCCCUGUGUUUUAAAGAAUGGAAUGCUGUAGGCAACCCUGUUCCUGGAGUACCACAGGUACUGCAGGGUUUUGUUCUAACUAGUCACCACACAUGACCAACUGAGCCAUGCAGCACUCCAGGACCAGGGUUUCCUACCCCUGCUGUAGGCUAUGUACUGUAUGUGUCUGAUUCAGUGUACAGCAUAUCAUAUGCCCUCUUGCAGUCUGAAGCUGUCUGGGAGAGAGCUUUACUUUUUUACGGCCGUGGUUGGGAGUCCCAUAGGGCGGCGCACAAUUGGCCCAGCGUCGUCCGUGUUAGGGUUUGGCCGGGGUAGGCCAUCAUUGUAAAUAAGAAUUUGUUCUUAACUGAUUUGCCUAGUUAAAUAAAGGUUAAAUUAAAAUAAUAUAUAUAUAUAUAUAUAUAUAUAUAUAUAUAUAUAUAAAAACAUUAAGUGGGUGCUUUCUAAUAGAGGGAGGGAGGGUAUGGGAAUCAAGGCCUCUGACUGUACAAUAGGAAUAUUAAUCAAUACUGUCAAUCAUUAUCUGCACCUUGUACCCAAUUAAAUCUUUACAAUGAGGAUGAUGAAAUGCCACCACCAUCUUUGAGGUCACCUUUUCAACUCGUGUGUGAGAUAUUUAGAGAAAGAGAAUAGUAUUUUGACUUUAGAUUCACUACAUAGGUGGCAUACCAGUGAAACUACUGUAUACCCACUGUAACCAUACACUACUUGAUGGUGGUGAUGGUGAUGAUGCCAUCCACUAUUAAUCAAUUGUAAGUGAUCAUCCAUAGGAUAUAUCUGCAGUCAUAUUAACACAGCUCUUCAUAGGGACAUAACCAACUAGUAUGUAUCAUAGGAGACAGUGUGUACCUGGAAAUCAUUCUAUAUUUAAUAAAAUAGCUAGUUUUCUAUCAGAUGUUUGGUGUAAAUGGAGGGGAAAUAGUAUAGACUACUAUAGGCAAUCUAAUGUAACUUUAAUGUAGUCACAUGCUUUUGACUUUUAUUUCUAAAACAUGCUUUUGACUUUUAUUUCUAAAACAUGCUUUUGACUUUUUCAAUCAUGAUCAGUUCGGUGUGUUGAUUUCCAUACUGAUAGCUGUGUGGUAACAUACUGUAUUGAAAAGUGUUAGAAUAUUAUUGUAGUUUUAAGGGGAUAUGAAUUAUAUCAUUUGGACUGGGAGUUGAAGGGAAGGUUAUGACAUGUGCUUUAGUCACUGUAUUGAGUUUCUAACCUGAUUUCCACCUUCAGAUGAACAUUGACUCAUAUUUAGAGGAAGUGGACACUGGACAGCUCUAGUCCUCUGGGGUUGCCGUGUCUGCUGGGCUGGGUUGUGUUUGGGAGUGAGAGGGAGAUAAGGAGAGACCAGUGGAGAGGCCAGCAGAGAUGGCACCCUAGAGAGAUUGGGGGUUAUUCUUUGGGCCAUGUUGUGGAGUGUUGUGUUUCAUGACUACACAGAGAAAACAUACCAAUAAAACACAUUCAAAAGCA